UAUAUGGGUUUUAUCUACAUAUGAACUUAGAUUGAUGUACAGAUUAUUACAACAAAUAAAAAAACAGCAUCAUUGUUUUGUUUAAUAAAAGGCAGGAAAGACUAUUGGCACUUAUUAAAAAUUGCUCUCUGACACUUCUGUAUCAAAUAAAUGAGUUAGAGAGCUCCUGGAAACAUAACAUUAAUAUUUACCAUUGUUGAAAUAUUUAGGUAGGCUAGGUGAUUCCACCGACUGUAAAAGCAGUAGAUUUCAUUAAUUUACUUUUACUUUAAUUUACUAUUGUCGAAAUGCUGAGGUAGAUGAUUCCGUUGACUAAACAAGCACAUUUCUCUCCCUUUACCAGCCCCUCUGCGCCGCCUCCGGUCUUCCCUGUUCGCCUGCCCUUUACCUGGGGGCUCGUCAGUGGGAAUAGUCCAGGGCCUUCUCUUGCAUCUCAUUAGCGAAGUCCAGUCUCCAAAAAACACGAUUCACGAUCACUCGGGUAAUCCACAAUUCCCUCGUAAUUCCGCUUCAUAAUAAUCCCAAUUCCUCUUCGUUGCUUUUCCCUCAGUAAUUCCCGGUCUGCCUCCGUUCCCCCAAAAGAGCGAAUCCGGAUCUGAGGGGGGGGGGGGGGGGCUGGCGACCUGCACCUCCUCCAGCCUUUGAGAGGAAGUCCCCUGAGCCCCUGGUCCGGAGAGCCCGUGUGGCUGCCCGGCUCCCUGGGCUUCUGCGGGAGCCUUACCCGCUCCUGCGGCCGUGCUCUGCGCUGAGGCUGCGUGCGCUUUCCGUGUGUUGUGUCGGCCGAGGGAGUCCCCGGGCGGCAUGGACGUCCCUCGCGAGGCAGUGUAUUCCCUCAUUGGCAAAAUCCGGGCCGACGGUCAGCUGUGGGACCCGAGGCACAGGCACUACAAGAGGAGGGCGCUGAAGAGGAUGAAGAUGGUUGACAUCAGCAGGGAGCUGCAGCAGGAGUUCCCAGGGUACGCGGAUAAGCUGACUCCGGAUCAUUGUUACAAAAAAUUCCACUAUCUACGGAGUAACUUCCAUAAGCAGCUACGAAGAACUCAAAAUACUCCCAGUGGGUCAAGUAAAUGGGAAUUCUUCACAGCAUGCUCAUUUCUACACCCUGCAUAUAGAUUUAACUCCACCUCAAGCUUUGAAAUGCAGCAGAACAGUAAGUCUGCUGCAGAGCCUUCAGAGGAGCUGGUAUGGGAUGGUUCUGCUAAUGAUUUGAUUGAUCCUGAAAGUGCAGCUAGGGCGCCAGAGGAAGAAGUUGACCCUCUUGCCACGACUUCUGAACAGACAGGACUACCUUCUCCAACAGACUGUCCUUCCUCAACUUCAGGUGAAUCUAGGACUCCAACACCAACCAACUGCUUAUUUAUUACUCCAACUCCAGCAAGACCCAGGAGAAAGAGGAAACACAACGCCAGUGACAUUUCACAUACUGAGGACCUGUUGAUGCAAGAAUUAGCUAAUGUACAUAAUGAGUGGAAAAAUGUGAAGCAAUUAACUGCACCCUUGGAUCCUGUGCUAGAAUCUGUAAAGGGUUUUGUGAGGAUUUUAAAUGAGAGCCAUCCACACCUUAAGGCAAAGUUCCACAGAAAAGUUUUUGAAGCCAUGGCAGAGAUCUCACAAGAGUUUGGCUGAAACAAAAAUGUCUUUUCCUUCCAUGUGAAUUUGUACAAUACCUAUGGAUAUCAUUUACUCUUCUUGCCUAAGUGAAUAGUCUAUUUUCUCCUCUUCUUGGUUUUAAUGUAACUUUUAUAGGAAAUAUAUUUUUAUAUUACUAA